CCAGUAUAGAAAACGCCAUAGGAAGCAGCCAUGCCUCUCGAAGGAGGGAAAACAGACAUGGAGAGGAUUGGCCUCUUCAGUGAAAUGGAAUACAUUACUGUUGGGGAUAAAUACGUGUCCCAAUUUAAUAGACCCUUCAAUGAGGCUGCAAGCAAAAACAGACAGAUAUUACCUGGGGGAUCCAAAGGAAUGUCCAGUCUCCAGGCAGGUUAUUUUGAUUCCCAGUUUGGAAGGAUUUUUGAAGGUGAAGGCUAUGUAAACCUGAAUCAAGUGAGGAGACAGCAUUUGAUGGAAGAAGCCAAAAAAAAUAUAAGCAAAGCCUUCCUUCCAAGUAGUGGGGAUAAAAAGCCAUGUGGAUUAGGAAGCUACUAUGGAACCAUAGGUGGUCCAAUUCCAUUCUUCAGUGCACAAUCAAAACCCAGAGAAAAAUAUGAGGCACCUGGAAAGAAUUUAUACACAAACCCAGGAAAAAAAGGAACUGGAUAUGGCUAUGCAAAUAUUACCAUAGGUAAACAGUUUUCACAUUCAGCUGAUUUCUAUGAUGCACCCAAAUUAAAUUAUAAGAAAGAGAAUGAAGAACACCAUCGUCUACUCAAAGGAACUCCUUUCAAAUUAAAUCUGUAUCCAAGGGAUUAUUUUGACACCAAUCCUUACGCUUUUGAGAAAGCUCUGCCACCAAUUAAAAAAACGGAAAAGAAACAAUUGAUUUCAAACCCUUUUAAACCUUCUUCUCCUGGUAAAAAGGCUGGUGGAAUGAAGGCGGGAACAUUUGACCCUUAUCCAUCACAUUCGGCUGACCCUUAUGUGGUGAAAUUGGUAAAAGGAAUUUCUGGCAAGGGUGAGAAGAUUUUCCAUCCACCAAGUGGACCAAAAAGCAGGCCAAUUGAAAGUAUAAUGACUUUGAAUGUCAAAAGGGCACUAAAUUCAAAGAACUACAAGACUGCCUCAGUACAAUCCUAUUAGCAGCUGGGAGGAAAGUAGUUCUGCUGCCCUGGUCAAGACUAUUGAUAAAAAUGUAAGCUGUGUGAUAAAGAGCACAAGUAUUUAAAAAGAACCUAAAAGUCUUAUUUUAUUACUACUAUUUAGGUAGUAAAUGAUAUUUGCUAAUUA